AUGUCAUUUUUCGUUUUUAAUUCUCAUGUUUGGAUAUUUGGUCUAAUUGUUGAUAUUUUAAGUUUCCCUUUAAAAGAAACAAAUAAAAUUAACAGAUUCCACGCCAGUAAAUCGAGAAAUUAAGCUAAAAUGUCAAUUUUAGCCUACAAUGGAGGUGCAGUAGUUGCCAUGAAAGGUCAAGAUUGUGUUGCUAUAGCUACUGAUAAACGAUAUGGUAUACAAGCUCAGACUGUCUCUACCAACUUUCCGAAAGUCUAUCAAAUGGGCCCAACCCUGUUUGUUGGCCUUCCUGGUCUUGCUACUGAUACACAGACAGUGUUCCAAAGGCUGAAAUUCAGAAUGAAUUUGUACGAAUUAAAAGAGAAUAGAAUAAUGAGGCCAAAGACUUUCUCUGCAAUGCUUUCUAACUUGUUAUAUGAAAAGCGAUUUGGACCAUACUUCAUUGAGCCUGUUAUCGCAGGCUUGGACCCAUAUGAUAACCAGCCCUAUGUCUGUAAUAUGGAUUUGAUUGGUUGUCCAAAUGAACCUGAAGAUUUUGUGGUGUCAGGAACUUGUUCCGAACAGUUGUAUGGUAUGUGUGAAGCACUGUGGGAGCCCAACCUCAAGCCGGAUGAACUAUUUGAAACAAUCUCACAGGCUUUAGUUAACGCGGCGGAUCGUGACGCCAUCUCCGGUUGGGGUGCAAUCGUAUACAUCAUCGAGAAGGAUAAAAUCACUGAAAAACAUGUAAAGACGAGAAUGGAUUAGUUAUUAACUUGUACAUCUCUUAAAUUUUUUAAUAAAUGUAUUUAAAUUU